UCUCUAGAAUGGCCAAUUUCAUAACUAGCAUUCUCUUCUUUCUCUUCACGUUCCUCUCGUCCUCACAUGCAAUCUACAACGUAGUCAGCUUGGGCGCCAAAUCUGACGGUACAACCGACAGCACAAAAUCGUUGCUCAAGGCAUGGGCCUUGGCCUGCAGCUCAGCUAAGCCCGAGACCAUCUACGUUCCCACCGGAAGAUACUUGCUUAAACCGGUCCAGUUCAGAGGCCCAUGUAAGAACCGAAUCGUCGUUCGGAUCGAUGGAACCCUCGUCGCCCCAUCGGACUAUCGCGUCCUCGGCAAUUCAAACAGUUGGCUUCUGUUCAUCAAGGUCACCGGAUUGUCUGUCAUCGGCGGGAACCUUGACGCACGGGGUGCCACCUAUUGGGCCUGCAAGACUUCCGGCAGAAACUGCCCUGCCGGAGCUAGGUCGAUAACGUUCAAUUACGCAAAUGAUGUUGUGAUCAGUGGCUUGACAUCGAUCAACAGCCAGAUAACGCAUGUCGUCGUGAACGGAUGCAGCAAUGUCAUGGUUCGAGGGGUGAAGAUCGUCGCACCUGAUCUGAGUCCCAACACGGACGGCAUUCACGUACAGUUCUCAUCCGGUGUAACAAUCACGAGAUCAAGCAUCAAGACAGGCGAUGACUGUGUAUCAAUUGGUUCGGGAACCAAAAACCUUUGGAUUGAUCGGGUUAGCUGUGGGCCGGGACAUGGCAUCAGUAUCGGAAGUCUGGCCAAGGAUAAGAAUGAACAAGGGGUGCAGAAUGUGACGGUAAAGGAUAGUACACUCACCGGAACUGAUAACGGGUUACGUAUAAAGUCGUGGGCCAGACCCAGCAACGGGUUCGUGAGAGGCGUCCUUUAUCAGAACAUAAUCAUGAACAACGUAAAGAACCCGAUCUUAAUAGAUCAGAAGUAUUGCCCCAACAAUCGUUGCCCUAAGCAGAGUUCUGGUGUGAAGAUCAGCCAAGUGACUUACCGGAAUAUCAAGGGAACGUCGGCCACACAAGUGGCCGUGAAAUUUGACUGCAGUUCAAGUAAUCCAUGCAGAGGUAUCAGAUUGGAGGACGUGAAGCUUACAUAUCAGAAAGGAGCAGUUCAGUCAUCUUGUGUCAAUGCCGGUGGUACCGCCGGCGGAUUAGUCAUGCCGGCGGAUUAUUUCUUUCAUCUUGUUUAUGAAAGAAAUUCUUGAAAUAUUAUUCUGUCAGACUUAUAAAUUGGUUUUUAAGAUGCCCAUUACCAGUUAGAACUUAGGAGAACCCAGAGGAGAGCCAUGGUUCGGGUUCCAGAAUUUUUUUUUUCCUUUCGCUCUUAAUCCAGUAAUUUGGACGAGUUGACUCAAAACUCGUGGUCGGUUUGUUCAACUAUACACGAAUUUAAAGAAAUAAUAAACUUGUGAUGGAGCUUUUAAGAUUU